AUGUCUAGAAGAGGUCUCCCAUUUGGUUUUGGUAUAGAAGCGGAAUCAAUACUAAAUGAUUCCCAGUCAAAACCACAUUUGGCUCUCCCCAUAAAUCACGAGUUAAACGAAGAUGAAGAGAACGUAGCGAAACAGUCUAUUUCAUUUGCUAAGUUGGUAGCGGAUGGCCCCUUUUUCACAGGUUCUACUAUUGGACCUAGGGAAGAAACGGGCGAUGGAAUUCAAAGACAUUCAGAUAAAUAUAAAAAAACCAAGAAAAUCGGCAGAACCAUAGAGGAGCACCCUUACCAAUUGGAAUUCUUCCCAGAUGAGCUCUACCUGGUGAUGGGUAUCUCCAACAAGCAGAAGAAAAUGUUACUAUCAGCUUACAAGGUUGAUGGAGGGUUACAGUCUUUCAACUUAACAGAGAACGACGACGAAAAGGCGACUAGCUUAUUGGAAAAAUUCAAGAACUUGGCUGAAGAGAUUGAAGUGAACGAAGACAAAGACCAGCCUGAAGAAAUUGAGGAAGAGUUUGAUGACGAAUAUGAGGAAGACGACGACGAUGAUUAUAAUGCCGAAAAGUAUUUCGACGAUGGCGAUGAUGAAGGUAUGGAUGGAGGAGACGAUGAAGCAGCUUUCUAA